AUGAAUAAUAACGUCGCAAGUAGCCAGAAUAGUGGGAAGAGCUCAUUGGAUAACCUUGUUCAUAUUGCGAGCAAUAUGUCACAAGAAUUUCGUCUCCCCAACCGACCCAGCAUCCCGCCCAACCAAUCUUUGUCUCAAACGCCUUUGAAUCAACAACCAGCAUCCGAGUAUAAUAGUGCAACAAGCACUCCUUCACCAUCGAUGGCAACUGGCCUGAAAACUAAAAGGAGUAAGAAAAUGGCGUGUGUUGAAUGCAGACAACAGAAAUCUCGCUGCGAUGCCUUUGAAAAGCGGCCUGAUCCCUGCACAAGGUGUGCAAAAAAAGGACUACAUUGUGACGUCAAGUCUGAUUACAAAAGAACCUAUAAAAGAGCACGUAUGGCACAAAUUGAAAAAGAAUUUGAGGAGUUGAAAAAGACUUUGACGACUACACAGGCAGCUGAAUUAUUGACAAAGUUUCCUUCUUUGUCUUCGGCUUCACCUGAUACAAAUCCACAAGAAGAAACUCUGCAGAUCCAGGUUAAGAUCGAGCCUGGUACCCUGAAUGACACAACUCAAGGUAUUGCAGGUGUAGGGGUAGCUAAGACUACUAGUAAUGUUGAUUUGCCACAACAUUCAACAAAAGCAGUCGAAGGUGCAUACACACAACAAAACUCCACCAAGAAUACGCAAUUUACACCUUACCGGAUUCUGUCACAUAAUUCAUCGGAAACUAGUCAGUCGAUUCCUAACACGCCAUCAAUCACAAGACAAGUUGAGUCAAAUACUCGUAGUCAAAUACCAUUAGCACAGCAAGAAAAGAAAGUAGAAUUAUUGGAUAGCUCGCUUAUCUGUGAGGAAAAAUCUGUUGAUGACAUUUCGCUCAUGCCAGAGACAAUAAAGAAACUUUAUUUGGAGUAUUUCGAGAGAUAUCAUCCAAUAUUACCGGUAGUCGACGUAUCAUUAGGUCCAGAAAGAAUCUACAGAUUGUGUCCAGCCUUAUUUUGGGUAAUUAUGUUUGUUUCCUUAAGAAGAUUUCCAGAUAAUUCAUCAAAGUCGUUGUUGGUACGUUUGUCCCCGAUUGUGAAAGGGAUACUAGCAGAAAUUAUGAUAUCUCCCAUUACAAGAUAUAACCCUAUAGAAGAGGAUGAGCCAAUUUACAAUGUGAGUUCAGUCUACUCAGUGCAAGCAUUUUUAUUGUAUUCAUACUGGCCACCGAUCACCUCGUCUUUGAGUGCUGACUCUUCCUAUAAUACAGUUGGAACGGCCUUCCUUCAGGCCAUCAGGAUUGGCCUUCAUACACCAACAUUAGUCAAUACUAGUGAGAUGAACAAAGACGAGAAAACAAAACAUCAAUUGACAAUGACCCAUGAACAACUCAAGACUUGGAUAUUUUGCAACAUUGCAUCUCAAACUAUAGCGACAGCAUUUGGGUUUCCAGCCUGCACUCAAUUCGAGUCUUCAAUGUGGUUUUACAAUCAGCCUGGCAGCUCCAUAAUAAUACCCAGAAACUUACAGCUAAUGAUGGAGAUUGCUCAGUUUGAAGACCAAAUGGCGAAGGCAUUGAACUCGAAUCCCAUGGAUCCUUGCGGACUAAUAGACGCUAGCGAAAGACUACCCCUUUUAAAAUUGCUUCUGAAAAGAUUAGACACCAUAGAAAUAACCUUGAAAAACGAAAUGUUACAGCCGAGUGAUAGAAGAUUUCGUGUGUUUGAAAUUUUGUCAGCGAGGGUGCAUUUGCUCAGCUACUAUUUCAUGGAUACAGUAAGAAUAGCUCAAUUUGAGCUACAAAAGGGUUUAAUCAGGUUAUACAAUGCAGCUAUAGCAUUAAUCAGCCACACGUCAGAGUGCCAAGCUGAAGACAAAAAGUUUGUAAAGUAUUUGCCAGGGGUGUAUUUAUUAAACCUUUGGCAAGCCGGAUGUAUAAUUGGGAAACUAAUUCAUUCUAGCUUGAAAAAGUUUAUUGACGUGGGUACAGGAAAACAAAGCUACGAAUCGGUGAUAACUUUCACCGCAACAGCGUCAAUUUUGAAGCACGAUAUGGCGUAUAGGUCAAGUGGAAUUACGCGAAACAUGUGGCAACUUUUCAGAGAGUUGGAUGCCAAAAAAAUGAAUUCGUUGAGCAUUGAUAUAAGAAAUAGAAUGUCUGCUUCAGUCUUUUUUGAUUGUUUGAAAUUAUUGAGAGCCCAGGUUGGCAUCACAAAACUAACUACGAAAACUGAUGAGAGUCACCCUGCUGAUGACGAUGAGGCAAUUGAAGAGUCACAAGAAGAAGUGGAAGACGAAGAUGAUCAACAACUCGCGGAAAUGGGUAACGAAAAGGCUGCACCUUCUGAAGAUGAAAAGAAUGGCUCAUUGCAUAAUGUUAGCCAAAAAUCUACACCAAACAGUACUACCUCAAGCAGAGUUCGCAGAGCAAGAACAUUAUCUAACAAUAUGGAUGCUGAAUCGAAAACUAGAAAAAUCAUUCGAACAAUUCCUUUGGAUCCAGAGCCAAUAUCCAUUGGUGCAUCGAAACGAAGCUCGAUAUUUAAAGUUGUGAACUCUUCUACAGAUUCUUCACCAAUUAUGAAAUCAGAUGUAAGCACUCCAAAUUCCAACAGAAUUAAUGAUCAUCAGACAAGAACUCAAACAUACAACCCAUCCCAUGUGGGCAAACAAUAUCUGCAACAGCUGCCACAUAUUUCAUCAAAACAAACAGUCCAAUCAUCGCAAUAUCAACAUCAUCAACAACAACAACAACCACAACAAUUACAACAGCACCAAUACGAGCAAAUAUUGCAACUGGAUAAUCGUAGUUAUCAGCCAGCACAGAACAUCAGCGAAGCACCUUUGCUGCAAUUCUCUGCCUUCGCGUUCAAUGAAUCGCCUAUACAGCUUGGUUUAGAAAACUUGGAUAUCGAUAAUUUUGAUCACGAUAUGCUUUGGAAAGAUGUUGAUAGCGUCAUGAACGAUUUUGGUUUUCACACAAGUUGA